AUGAGGUGGAUGAUUUUAAAUGAUAAUAUAAAUCAAUAUCUGUCAUAUUGAUUUUUUCCGAUAGAUUUUGCUUUGGAGGGUUGUUAGCACUGGGAAGUAAGUCUAGCAGCGUCUUUUGAGAAAAUGGCAGACUCGCUAGCAAAGUACGGACUCUAUAUUGACGAUUUGAGUAAAAUACGAGUUUUAGACCCCGAGGUGGUCAACCAAGCGAGCAAAUUGCAGGAAGAAUGUCAAACAUUUGUUACUAAAAUCACAGAGUUCAAAAGAAGUACCGAUGAAUUUGUUCAAAUUAUGGACAACAUGGCAGAACAAGUGGAAAAAGAAAAGAUGAAAGUUGUGGGCGCGAGGAACUUACUACGUUCAGUUGCCAAAGAGCGUGAUGGACAAAAGCAGCAAAUGCAGGCUUUAAUUAUGGAAAAAACGAUGGAGUUGGAACGACUUCGAAUACAAUACGACUCUUUGAAAAAAAUUGAAAUGGAACAGUUGGAAACUAUAGAACAUUUAACAAUUGCAGAGUGAUGUUCACAAACUACACGGUCAAUUUCAAUCUAAUAAAAAAAAAAGAAGAAAGAAGAAACAUUCCCUAAAAAUGAGAAUAAAAGCAGUAUAACUGUGAAUGAAAUAUAUUUGUAAUUACAAAAAGGAGUGAAUGAAAUUGUCUUAGAUUUUGUCUUCAUGGUACAUGUAUUACGAAACGGAUAUAUGCAUAUUGUACAAAGGUUGAUCAAGAAUUUUGCAUCUAAGAAUCGAAGUGUUGGGUGAAGACUCUCCGCAAGGCACAUCAGUUAAUUCUGGCUGAUACUAAGUAUACAUUUUAAAACGUCCUGUUCGAGCCAAACUUUCCAGACUGCUUCAAUUAUAUUUACAAAUUUUCAUGAUUCGCGACUUUCUUUUUUCUGAAAAAAUUGUUACACCUUUGCGUAAUCAUAUUUAUACCGACAGCUAUACAAAUCAGAAGCAAUCAAGAAGUUCCGAUCUUUGAUUGCUAGAGUUUAUCCAACAAAAUUUCAACGGUGUACAAUAAUCUCGAGCAAAUUCAAAUGUCAUUAGAACUCGUCAUGUUUGGGCAAUUCAGCGUCUCGAAAGAUCAAAUUCUCUUUUCGCUAUACGUAUAAAACCAUUUUAAAGAAUUCAUCACUUUGGUAUGGCAUGUUCAGUACAGCUAUUCGAAGUUUUUAGCUUUAAACAGAUUCGAUGAUUUAUACAUAAGAUACACUAAACGAUAACGUGAAAAAAGACUGAAUCAAUGAAUGUUAGUUUCUUUAAAAAAAGUUGAGAUUGUGUACUUGUACUUUCACCCUGCCAAGCCUUAACCGAAUCAGCGACGCACAUCUCCUCUUAUGUUUGCAAUUAUUACUGCUGUUGCUCUCCUAUGUCUUUCAAAAAGUAUGUGAAUGUAACAAGUCAAGAAUUGGAAACUUGUAAGGGGAUGUGCGUCGCUAAUUCAAUUGGGGCUUCACAUCUUGAGCGCAGAUGAAAAUCUAUUAAGAGCAUAUCAUCUCGGAAAUUAAGACCUAUUGAAUUGAAAGAAAAAAUAAACACCUAAUGAAUUUUCAUGUACUUUUACCCUUUCAAGCUUUAGUCGAAUCAGCGACGCACAUCUAUUUGCAAGUUUGCAAUUUUAACUGCAGUGGUAUUUUCAUGUCUAUCAACAAGUUAAGAAGUAAGGAUUAAAAAUGUGCAAUAUGUGCGUCGCUAAUUCGACUAGGGCUUCACAGGGUGAAAGAACAUGGAAGUCGGUUGUGAGCGUAUUAUCUCGGGUCGAAAAAAAUAAGAAACUAAUGAAUUUUGACGUACUUCCACCCUGUAAAGUUCCAGUAGAAUCAGCGACGCACAUCUCCUUACAAGUUUCCAAUUUUUACUUCUUGACUUGUCGAAAGACAUGAGAAUGUCACUGCAGUUAAAAUUGAAAACUUGCAAGGAGACGUGCCUCGCUGAUUCGACUGGAGCUCCAUAGGUGAAAGUACGUGAAUCCAUUAGGUUCUUAUUUUUUCUUUCUGUUUAAGAUCAUACGCUUCUAAUGGAUUUUUAUGUACUUUCACACUAUAAAGCUCCAGUCACAUUAGCGACGCACAUAUCAUUGAAAGUUUCCAAUUCUUGACUUGUUACAUUCACGUACUUUUUGAAAGAUAUAGGAGUGUAACUGCAGUAAUAAGUGCAAACUUACAAGGAGAUGUUCGUCGCUGAUUCGACUAAGGCGUCUCAGGGUAAGAGUACAUCAAAAUCUAUUAAGAGCGUAUAAUCUCUGAAACUAAAGCCCAUUGGAGCGAAAAAAAUAAACACCUAAUGAAUUUCCAUGUACUUUCAUCCUGAGAAGCCCUAAUUAAAUAAGCGACGCACAUAUACUUGUAAGUUUGCAGUUAUUACUACCGUUGCAUUCCUAUGCCUUUGAAAAAGUAUGUGAAUGUAACAAGUCAAGAAGAAUUGCAAGCUUACAAGAUGUGCGUCGCUGAUUCGAUUGGGACUAAAAUCACGGGGUAAAAGUACAGGAAAACACACUACAUGCGUAUUAUUUUGGAAACGGAGACCCAAUGGAUCGAAAAUAAGUACCUGAUGGAUUUUCAUGUACUUUUACCCUGUGAAGCUUCAGUCGAACCAGCGACGCGCAUCUCCUUGAAAGUUUUUAAUUUUUACUUCUUGACUUGUUACAUAAACAUACUUUUUGAAAGACAGGAAUGUAAUUGCAGUAAUAAUUGCAAACCUGCAAGGAGAUGUGCGUCGCUGAUUCGUUUAGAGCUAAAAGCGGUAAAAGUAAAUCAAAAUCCAUCAGGUUCUUAAUUUUUCUUUCGAACGAAUAGACCUUAGUUUCAGAAGUAACACGUACUUGAUGAAUUUUCAUGUACUUUCACCCUGUGAAGCCCAAGUUAAAGCAGCGACGCACAUCUCCUUGUAAGUUUGCAAUUAUUACUGCACCUGUAUUCCCAUGGCUUUCAAAAACUAUGCGAAUGUAAUAAGUCAAGAAUUGCAAACUUACAAUAUGUGCGUCGCUAAUUCGACUGGUGCUUCACAGGGUAAAAGUACAUGAAAAUCCAUUAAGUACCUAUCAUCUCGGAAACCAAGACCCAUUGGAUCGAAAAAAUAAAUAAGCACCCAAUGGAUUUUCAUGUACUUUCACCUCAUGAAGCGACGCACAUCUCGCGACCUCUCCUUGCUAACAGUGAAAUUUUUCAUAAUUUUGUAUAAGACAGCAACUAGGGAUUGAAAAAUAAACUUUAUUCAAAAAGAAAAUAAGAAAUGAAUCGUUUGUAUUGGAUUACAAAUAUAAAUCUUACAGCUUAUGUUUAGAAAUAUGUACAGUCGCACAUUUAAUGUACCUUACAAACUCAAUAGUACACUAAAGAAAAAAAGUCUGUUCCGUCAGAACAUCGCAGAUGCCACUCUGUUCCGAAAAUCUUUUUACAUUUUUUUUCUCUCAGCUGUGCAUGAUUUUGAAACUAAAAAAAAAAACAAAAAACAACGAAAGAUCCACGCGAAGGAAUGAUAGUGAAAUAAAAAGUGAGCUUCGACGGUAAACUAGAAGGUAAUGAAACCCGGUUUGUUUAAAUCGUCAAUUAUUAUUGAACGCUAAGAAUGCAAAUGGAGUGAAUGGCAUUUUGAACAUGAUUUUUUUUUCUCUCUCUCUCUUUUAUUUCUUCGAGCCGCCAGUUUUCCUCCUAAAUUCUACACCAUAACCAAUGAAAAUUUAGUGUCACGAGAGCGAUAAAUAUGUUAAAAUUAUUAUUAAAGGCUAGAGAGGUGUUAUGACGUCGAUGUGAAUAAAACAAUAAAUUAUACAAUUGAUAGGUUGCCGCUAAUUUGUUACCUUAACUUUGCCGUGUUUAGAUGUAUGCUUAUAUUUAUUAACUUAUCAACUACAAUAUAUAAAGGUGUUCUCCACUGAAAAAGAAAGUGUUAAAAUUAUAUCUUAUCGCCUAAACAACUAUUCCUCGUUCCAGUAGUAAUUGCAUUACUGUUCCUUUUCCAAUUUUCGCCACAAUUUUGAAAGAUGUACAAAAAAAAAAAAA